AUGUUAUAUAUAAUUUUCAUAUUUUUUAUAUUUCAUAAUAUAAUACCAGCUGAUUUCAAUAAAUAUGAUAUAAUUAUUAUACCAUUAUUAAAUGUAAAAGGCGCAACAAGAAACAAUAGAGACGAACUAAAUCUAUGGUCCAAUUAUAAGAAAAAUGACGAAGGAGAUUUAAAACUAGACAUACAACCGUAUGACGAAGCUACGGAUCUUGUAGAUAUUGAUAGCUUCGAUUACAACAAAGAUCGCGACAACUUGUACUUUUCAGAAAAAGAUAGUAGUUCUCAAAAAAUAGAUGAAGAUUUUUCAGCAAAUUAUGGUGAGGACAAAAUUGUGGGAGGAUUUGAGGUUGAUAUCAAUCUGUAUCCAUACCAUGCUGCUUAUGGAAGUAAUUGCGGAGGAGCGAUAAUUGACAAAAAAUGGGUUUUAACAGCUGGACACUGCGGAAAGAAACCAUACGUAAGAGUGGGAUCAAAAUACUUGAACCAAGGCCAAAAAGUACCAAUAAGAAGAAACUUCAUCCAUCCAAUGUGGUCGGCAAAGAAUAAGGAACAUCCUUUUGAUUACGACUUUCAACUCUUGGAACUUGCUGCUCCUUUGAAGUUAGACGAAAAUAUACAACCGGUCAAAAUUGCCCGCUUGGAGGAUAUGGUGAUCGGUAAAAUCGUUACAGUUACUGGUUGGGGUAAUACUGAAGAAAAUGGUCCUUAUUCAAAUGUUUUACGUGCGGUUCGAGUGCCAAUUAUAUCGAAAGAAAACUGUCAACUGGUACCGUUUCCAUAUUUCCGUGGAAGCUUGACUUCUAGAAUGUUCUGUGCAGGAUUUUCCGAAGGAAAGAAGGAUGCCUGCCAGGGUGAUUCGGGUGGACCGGCUGUCGCCUAUGAUAGACUUCUAGGUAUGGUAUCAUUUGGUUAUGGAUGCGCUACUCCCGGAUCCUUCGGCGUGUACAGCAAAGUGGCUAAAAUCCGACCUUGGAUAAAAGAAAUAACAGGCAUGGAUUUAGAUUAA